CUUGGCCGCCAGACACGGACUUAGUCGCUAACAAGCCAAAGCUAACGAGUAACAUGCGUCUUCCACAAGAACGGAGUGAUUGAAGGAGAAAUCUGGAGAAUUGGACUCAUGGAGUGUAGAAACAUCAAGGACCAAUGUCCAUUGGUCCAAGCUAUUUUCAACCGAAAUGCUGAAGAAGUGACCUUUUUGUUGAGCCAUAGAGAAGAUGUCAAUUCAUUGGACCUGGAACAAAGCACACCUCUGCAUGCUGCUGCCUUUUUGGGCGACGUCCACAUUAUGGAACUUCUCAUCACCGCGGGUGCCAAUGUUAAUGCGAAGGACCAGGGGUUGCUGACUCCUUUACAUCGAGCAGCGGCCUCCAGAAAUGAAAGGGCCGUGGAGCUGCUCCUAAAGCACAGUGCAGAGGUCAACACACGCGACAAAUUCUGGCAUACGCCGUUACACAUGGCGGCGGCAAACUGGGCUGUCGGCUGUGCUGAAUCGCUAAUACCCGAUGUGUCCAGCCUGGAUGUUUACGACCGAUCAGGAAGAACACCUUUGCAUCACGCCGCCUACAGCGGACACAGAGAGAUGGUGAACUUGCUUCUCAGCAAAGGUGCCAAGGUCAGCACCAAAGAUAAAAAAGAAAGGCAGCCGAUUCACUGGGCUGCAUAUCUUGGACAUUUGGACGUGGUGAAGAUGCUGGUGUCUCACAGUGCAGACGUGACGUGCAGAGACAAACGCGGCUACACUCCGCUCCACGCUGCCGCCAUCAGUGGACAUGUAAAUGUGGUCAAAUAUCUGCUGAGACUGGGAGGGGAGGUGGACGAAGCCAACACGUACGGCAACACGGCGCUCCACAUGGCCUGCCACACAGGCCAGGACGCUGUGGCCACCGAGCUGGUCAACUGCGGCGCCAACAUCAACCAGCCCAACCGGCAGAGCAGCACGCCGCUCCACCUGGCCGCCGCCUCCUCCAGCGGGGUGCCGUGUGUCGAGCUGCUCAUCAACAACGGCGCCGACGUCAACAUGCAGAACAAAGAAGGCAAGUGCCCUCUGCACAUGGCCGCCAUGCAUGGCCGCUUCACAGGCUCCCAGAUUCUUAUACAAAAUGGUAGUGAAAUCGACUGCGUUGACGUAUACGGGAACACUCCUCUCCAUGUGGCCGCCAGGUACGGUCAGGAGUUGUUGAUCAGCACUCUGCUUACCAACGGUGCUGACAAAGCCAGACAGGGGGUCCACGGGAUGCUCCCGUUGCACUUGGCAGCACUCUACGGCUUUCCAGACUGCUGCCGCAAGUUGCUUUCAAAUGGCCAGUAUUACAACAUCAUGCAGUCGCCGACCAGCGGCCAGACGCCGUCUUUCGGAUUCGAUAUCAACACACAGGAUGAGCUUGGGAUGACUUGUCUGCAUGCUGUUGCCUCUGGAGGUAAUGUGGACUGUCUCAACCUGCUGAUAAGUAGUGGCGCUGACCUGGAUAUAAAGGAUCAUUUGGGAAGGUCUCCUUUGCACUACGCUGCCGCCAACGGGAACAGCCAGUGUACAAUCACACUGGUGAGAAGCGGCUCAGAGGUCAACGAGUUGGACCUAAUGGGCUGCAGCCCUCUACACUACGCCGCCGCGGCGCACACUUUCCUCGGUGUCCAACUUUGUGUUGCAUACAGAGGGGAGCCCAGCACUGACUGUAACGCGGAAAAGGAAAAGGAAGCCUCGCUGUGUUUGGACUAUCUGCUGGACAGUGGUGGAAACCCGACAGUAAAGAACACAAAAGGUUACAGCGCCGUGCACUAUGCAGCAGCUUAUGGGAAUAAGCAGCACCUGGAACUGCUCCUGGAGAUUUCUUUCAACUGUUUAGAAGAGGCUGAGAGUAAUAUUCCAGUUAGUCCGCUGCACUUAGCUGCGUAUUACGGUCACUGCGAGGCCCUGCGCCUGCUGUGUGAGACCUUGGUGAGUUUGGACCUGCGGGACGUCGAAGGCCAAACUGCCCUCCACCUGGCCGCUCUGAGAGGCUUCACUUCCUGUGUGGAGGUGCUGCUGGACCACCAAGCUUCCUGCUCGCUGAAGGAGCACAAACACAAGCGGACAGCCCUCCAUGCUGCAGCCUCUGAGGGCCACAUGGAUUGUCUCCUGUUGCUGGUCAACAGAGAACUAAGUGCUGACAUCAUAGACAGCCCAGACACACAAGGACAGACAGCGCUCAUGCUGGCAGCUCUGGGUUGUCACACCGAUUGUGUGCACAUCCUGUUGGAAAAAGGAGCCAAACCGGACGUCGGCGACAAAAAAGGCUUCACGGCAUUACAUCGAGCCGCCAUGUUGGGCAGUGAGGACUGCACAUCAGCUUUGUUGGAGCACGGCGCCUCUGCUCUGUGUCGAGACUCCCUGGGCAGGACGCCGCUGCACCUGGCCGCGUCCCGUGGUCACACACAGCUACUACGCACUUUGCUGCAGGCUGCAGUCAAAGCAGACCCUCUGGACUCCAUGUUGGAUUACAGAGGCUACACGCCCACCCACUGGGCCGCCUACCGCGGUCAUGAAGGAUGUUUACGCAUUUUACUUGAAAACAAGCUUUUUAGCAACCAGGAAGGAAAUUCCUUCAACCCACUGCACUGUGCUUUGAUUAAAGGACACGACGUUGCUGCUGGACUUCUCAUAAAGACAGUUGGCCCUCAAAUAGUUCAAGUUAAUGACGUCAAAGGAAGGACGCCGUUGCAUGCGGCUGCUUACUCAGGAAGUGUUGCAGGGCUGCAACUGCUCCUGGCCCAGGGGGCAGAGGUCAACGCUGUGGACCAGAGAGGAUGCUCCGCUCUAAUGAUAGCAGCUGACCGCGGACAUACCAUGGCUGUCGAAUACUUGCUGCACAAGGCCAAGCCAGACCUGACCCUGGUGGACGUCAAUAAUAACACAGUCCUUCACUUAGCCUGCACUAAGGGUCAGGAGAUGUGUGCCUUGUUGCUUCUUGGAGAAAUCAAUGAUCCCUCCCUCAUAAAUGCAACAAAUAGUGCGCUUCAAAUGCCCCUUCACAUCGCGGCCAGGAAAGGUCUGGCGACUGUUGUGCAGGUGUUACUCAGCCGGGGUGCAGCGGUCAUGGCUGUGGAUGGCGAAGGUCACACCCCGGCGCUGGCCUGUGCCCCCAACAAGAGAGUGGCAGACUGCUUAUCCUUGAUCCUGUCCACCAUGAAGCCUUUUCCUCUGCGCGACGCCACCGCCUCCUGCUUCAACCCCACCCUGAAGAACUGUGGCAUCGCCGCCACCUCCAAUGGAAGCCUGUGUCACGCCUACGCCAAGGGCCGCACCAGCACCAUCGGUAUGCACGGCUGUCUCACCGACUGAGAGGAAGAGUGUAGCAUCCAUACUUCAACUUUAGUCAUCUCUGAAGUCUCAUUACACCUCUUAGCACCUUUGUUUCAGUUGAAUGAACUUCCUGUCCUGUGAAUUAUAUUUAUAUAGCGCUUUUCUUUAGUGACUCAAAGCGCUUUACAUAGUGAAACCCCAUAUCUAAGUUACAUUUAAAUCCGUGUGGGUGGAAAGGCGAGCAGGUGGGUAAAGUGUCUUGCCCAAGGACAACGGCAGUGACCGGGAUCGAACCCGGAACCCUCAAUUUGCUGGCACGGCCACUCUACCAACCGAGCUAUACCAUAGCUCCUGUCCGUGCGGAAAGUCUUCACAGCACUUCACUCUUUCCACAUUUGAUGUAUUUCAAAAUGGAAUACAUUCAUGUUUGUCCUCAAAAUUCUACACACAAUACCCCAUAAUAACAAUGUGAAAAUGUUUUUCUUAAAAAACAUUUUUUGCAAAUUUCCAUCCAUCCAUUUUCUACCGCUUAUUCCCUUUCGGGAUCGCGGGGGGCGCUGGCGCCUAUCUCAGCUACAAUCGGGCGGAAGGCGGGGUACACCCUGGACAAGUCACCAUCUCACCCCAGGGCCAACACAGAUAGACAGUCAACAUUCACAGUAGGGCCAAUUUAGUGUUGCCAAUCAACCUAUCCUCAGGUGCAUGUCUUUGGAGGUGGGAGGAAGCCGGAGUACCCGGAGGGAACCCACGCAGUCACGGGGAGAACAUGCAAACUCCACACAGAAAGACCGAGCCUGGAUUUGAACCCAGGACUGCAGGACCUUCGUAUUGUGAGGCAGACGCACUAACCCCUCUGCCACCGUGAAGCCCUUUUUACUAAAAGAAAUACAUGUUCGUAAGUAUUCAAAGCAUUUGCUCAAUACUUUGUCCAUGCACCUAUGGCAGCAAUUCCAGUCUUUUUGAACACGAUGCCACAACCUUGGCAGACCUAUCUUUGGACACUUUCAACCAUUCCUCUUUGCAGCACCUCUAAAGCUCCAUCAGGUUGGAUGGGAAGUGUAGGUUUUCAUCCAGGAUGUCUCUGUACAUUGCUGCAUUCAUCUUUCCCUCUAUCCUGACUAGUCUCCCAGUUUGUGUUCAUCAAGUAUGUCUCUGUACAUUGCUGCAUUCAUCUUUCCCUCUAUCCUGACCAGUCUCCCAGUUUGUGUUCAUCAAGUAUGUCUCUGUACAUUGCUGCAUUCAUCUUUCCCUCUAUCCUGACUAGUCUACAGGUUGGUUUUCAUCCAGGAUGUCUCUGCACAUUGCUGCACUCAUCUUUCCCUCUAUCCCGACUAGUCUCCCAGUUGGUUUUCAGUCAGGAUGUCUUUGUACAUUGCUGCCGUCAUCUCAGUCUAGUCAGGGAGGUGCCCGAGACCAUGGUCACUCUGUCAGAGCUGCAGCAUUCCUCUGUGGAGAGAGGAGAACCUUCCAGAAGGGCAAUCCACCAAUCAGUCCUGUACGGUAGAGUGGCCAGACAGAAGCUAUUUCCUAGUAAAAUGUUUGCCAAAAUGCACCUGAAAGACUCUCAGACCAUGAGAAACUACAUUCUCUGGUCUGAUGAGACAAAGAUUGAAGUCUUUGGCGUGAAUGUUUGGAGGAAACCAGACCAAUACCACCCUCAUACAGUGAAGCAUGGUGGUGGCAGCAUCAUGCUGUGGGGAUGGUUUUUAAUCAGGAACUGGGAGAUGAGUCAGGAUAGAGGGAAAGAUGAAUGCAGCAAUGUACAGAGACGUCUUGGAUGAAAAAGUAAAAGUUAACGUACACACACACACUAGAUGUGGCGAAAUUAUUCUCUGCAUUCGACCCAUCACCCUUGAUCAUCCCUUGGGAGGUGAGGGGAGCAGUGAGCAGCAGCGGAGGCCCCGUCUGGGAAUCAUUUUUGGUGAUUUAACCCCCAAUUCCAACCUCUUAAUGCUGAAUGCCAAGCAGGGAAGUAAUGGGUCCCUUUUUUAUAGUCUUUGGUAUGACUCGGCCGGGGUUUGAACUCACAACCAACCGACACUCGAACCAUUUGGCCACUGAGUAGGUUACUGGGAACUGGGAGACAAGUCAGGAUAGAGGGAAAGAUGAAUGCAGCAAUGUACGGAGACAUUUUGGAUGAAAAGCAACGCUUCCCAUCCAACCGGAUGGAGCUUGAGAGGUGCUGCAAAGAGGAAUGAGAGAAAGUGCCCAAAGAUGGGGGUGGCAAUCUUGUGGCAUCGUGUUCAAAAGGACUUGAGGCUUUUAUGGCCGCUAAAGGUGCAUCAACUAAGCAUUGAACAGAGGUUGUCAAUACUUAUGUACAUGACAUUUUGAUUUUUAGUAAAUUAGCAAAAUUAAAAAACUAAAAAAUAGAGAUGUCCGAUAAUGGCUUUUUUGCCGAUAUUCCGAUAUUGUCCAACUCUUAUUUACCGGUUCCGUUAUCAACUGAUAUCUUGGAAUUAACACAUUGUUCGGCCUGAUUUUGUUGUGAUGCCCCGCUGGAUGCAUGAAACAAUGUCACAAGGUUUUCCAAAACAAAUCAACUCAACUUAUGGAAAAAAAUGUCAAUUAUUGUUAUUGAAGUCACAACGUGCAUUAUUUUUUUUAACAUGCUUCAAAACAGCAGCUUGUGACCAUACAGGUCACACUGAGGGUGGCCCGUAUAAACAACUUUAACACUGUUGCAAACAUGCGCCAAACUGUGACCCACACCAAACAAGAAUGACAAACACAUUUCGGGAGGACAUCCGCACCGUAACACAACAUAAACACAACAGAACAAAUACCCAGAAACCCUUGCAGCACUUAACUCUUCCGGGACGCUACAAUAACAUCUACGGCUUUUGGAGCUCAGUGCACAACUGCACACAACUAGAAGGAAACGAAGCAAAAGAACGAAUAAGAGACAUGGGCGACAACGAGUAAGAAGAAGAAAUACGCUUGCAAGUUCCAAAAUGAUUGGGAAAAAAGUAUUUCAUUUCAUCCAGGACAGCUCCCAACACCCGCCGCGCCCCCAUCUCCCAAAUUCGGAGGUCCCAAGGUUGGCAAGUAUGGUGACACUCCGUACAACGGCGUUUUAAAAAAGUCAUACAUUUUACUUUUUGCAACCGAUACCGAUAAAUUCCGAUAUUACAUUUCAAACCAUUUAUUAGCCGAUAACAUCGGCAGCCCGAUAUCUUUACUAAAAAAAGCUUUGCACAUUGUCAUUAUGGGGUAUUGUGUGUAGAAUUUUGAGGACAAAAAUGAAUGUUCUCCAUUUUUUGGACGGGGCAAAGGGCAAGCGCCGUGAAUACUUUGUGCGUGCGAAGACGCCACACAAGCCCGUCCUUUUGAGUCGUGAUUGCAGGUGGUUCCUAUUGCGCUUCAUGUCACCCGCCGCUGCUAUUAGCCAACUUGUGUGCACCUGGAGAGUAUUAGGUUUCUUAAUCCACUUUUUUAGUGCUUUUAUAACCGUUAUGCAAUGAAAAUACCCUAAGCACUAAACUAAAACUUGCUCAUUGCCGUCACGGCGGGCUCCCCGUGGCUGUAUUUUAUUUAGCAUGUUUAUUCUAAAUGAAGGAGGAUGGCAUGAUGAGUUGAUAUUACAGUAAAUAAGCCAGAAGACAGAAAACAAAGGUCGUGUAGAAAAUAUAGAAAUCUAUUUAUGUUGAAUUGUACAUGUCAAGAUGAGCUGUUGUUAUGCACAAGGACCUCGGAUGCCUGUUUUACUCUCUGCCACGUCUUCAAAUCAUCUUAGUUUUGAAUUAUAAACCCAAACAAAGCUUUUCCCAAAGUCAACAGCGAUAUUGAAUAUUGUGUUGAACUGGAAAAUGAUGAUCAUGCGCUUUUCCAUUUUUUAAGUAUGCAUUUUAUGUUUGACAUACUGUAUUUGUAGUUGGCCUUUAAAUAAGUUCACCAACCGGGGAUUGAACAUUUCUAAGCUAAAGUGAAUAUAAUUGACAUCUUUCAGGUAUGUGAAGAAACAUUUGGUAUGAGUUGUGCCAAAUGUAUUCUUUUAUGGUUUGAAGGUCGUAAGCUGACCUACAUUGUGACCGCUGCACUUUCAAACUUUAAUGUCUUUAAAAUGGUUUUAGGCUAAUUGCCCUCCUUAAAGGCCUACUGAAAGCCACUACUAGCGACCACGCAGUCUGAUGGUUUAUAUAUCAAUGAUGAAAUAUUAACAUUGCAACACAUGCCAAUACGGCCGCUUUAGUUUACUAAAUUGCAAUUUGAAAUUUCGCGCGGAAGUAUCAUGCUAAAAUGUCGCGGUAUGCGCUUGACGUCAUGCAUUGUAGAGGACAUUUUGUUCCAGCAAUGUUGUCUCUUUUCAUCACAUAAUUCCACAGUAUUCUGGACAUCUGUGUUGCUGAAUUUUUUGCAAAUUUUUCAAUUAAUAAUGGAGACAUCAAAGAAGAAAGAUGUAAGUGGGAAGCGGUGUAUUGCGGCCGCCUUUAGCAACACAAACACAGCCGGUGUUUCCUUGUUUACACUCCCGAAAAAAUUUUGUUCCAGCACUGUUCACAGCUAUAAGUUGUCUCUUUUCAUCACAUAAACCCACAGUAUUCUGGACAUCUGUGUUGCUGAAUUUUUUGCAAUUUUUUCAAUUAAUAAUGGAGACGUCAAAGAAGAAAGCUGUAGGUGGGAAGCGGUGUAUUGCAGUCGCCUUUAGCAACACAAACACAGCCGGUGUUUCCUUGUUUACAUUCCCGAAAACAUUUUGUUCCAGCACUGUUCACAGCUAUAAGUCGUCUCUUUUCAUCGCAUAAUUCCACAGUAUUCUGGACAUCUGUGUUGCUGAAUUUUUUGCAUUUUUUUCAAUUAAUAAUGGAGACGUCAAAGAAGAAAGAUGUAGGUGGGAAGCGGUGUAUUGCGGCCGCCUUUAGCAACACAAACACAGCCGGUGUUUCCUUGUUUACAUUCCCGAAAACAUUUUGUUCCAGCACUGUUCACAGCUAUAAGUCGUCUCUUUUCAUCGCAUAAUUCCGCAGUAUUCUGGACAUCUGUGUUGCUGAAUUUUUUGCAUUUUUUUCAAUUAAUAAUGGAGACGUCAAAGAAGAAAGAUGUAGGUGGGAAGCGGUGUAUUGCGGCCGCCUUUAGCAACACAAACACAGCCGGUGUUUUCUUGUUUACAUUCCCGAAAGCUUAACGAUGGAACAGAACGGUCAAGCGAACGUGGUUCCCUACCACUUGUCAACCGGCAGGUUUCGGUGAGAAAAUGGUGGUAAUAAGUCGGCUCAUACCGUAGACAUGAGCGGAGAGCUUGCGUCGUUCCUCCUGCACCUGUCAAAGAGGUAGCUGCGGACUCUUUUGCCUUCUCCCACCAGCUGACCCCGACCGUCGGAUGCUUCCACCAUGGAGGAGGGAGAAAAAAAAUCUCAGCCUCAGCGAGAAACGUGGCUUCCCUCGGAGACACUGGUGGUCACACCCCUGCGACUUUCAGGUUGUAGAGGUACAACCAUAUAAUCUCACUAAAACACUAGUAACACAAUAAGUAGAUAAGGGAUUUUUCAGAAUUAUCCUAGUAAAUUUGUCUAAUAACACCUGAAUCGCUCGGGUGUCUAGGUUUUUUUUUAUUCUUUUUUUUCUAGUCCUUCACUCUCACUUUCCUCAUCCACGAACCUUUCAUCCUCGCUCAAAUUAAUGGAUAAAUCAUCUCUUUCUCGGUCCGAAUCGCUCUAGCUGCUGGUGGCCAUGAUUGUAAACAAUGUUCAGAUGUGAGGAGCUCCACAACCCGUGACGUCACGCGCACAUCGUCUGCUACUUCCGGUACAGGCAAGGCUUUUUUAUCAGCGACCAAAAGUUGCGAACUUUAUCGUGGAUGUUCUCUACUAAAUCAUUUCAGCAAAAAUAUGGCAAUAUGGCGAAAUGAUGAAGUAUGACACAUAGAAUGGAGCUGCUAUCCCCGUUUAAAUAAGAACAUCUCAUUUCAGUAGGCCUUUAACAUGCUCCUUUACAGCAUUCAGUUGUAGAAAAUCCCUUCUACAUAUUACUGAUAUCAACCUGUUUUGAGCAAUCUCCAACGUGUCUUAUUUGGGCAACAAAAAGAAUCAUUAGAAUAUAUCAGCAAGUGUGAACAAGUGUGUCUUCCAUACAGCUCUUUAACAUUUCAGGGUAACAACUUGAACAAUGUGGGAAUUAACUUGAGAAAAAAUAAAAAAAAGCACUACUUUG